CCCGCCGCUCGAAUAUUUUCUGCGGCCAAGAUUUCGAAAACUAGGGACUUUUUUGGUGAGCUUUCAACGCUUCUACACUCGCAACAAACACCACCACCACCAACGUUCACUCCUUCACAUCCUAACCUGUCACCGACAGAUUCAAUACGCUCAGAUGGCCAAGGGUGUGCUCAAAACUGCGCUCGACGCGCAUAAGAACCGUAACUACAAGCUCGAGCGGCAGCGCAAGCAGGAAAAAGCAGCGAAGAAAAAGAAGCAGGAAGCCGCGGCUCAGAAUGAAGAUGGCGAAGAUGUAGAGGAAGGAGGUGUGCAGCUGAACGAGUCGGUUGGCGCAAAGGUCAAUGGCGAAAAGAAAGGCAAAGCCAAGAAUGCAAAGAGCCCAAAGGCAACGAAAACCGAGCCAGAGUGGGAAACAGAGGAGAGCGAGAACGACUCGGAUGAUGACGAUGAUAUUCCAGAUGAGACCGCGCUGGGUCUAGCUCGUUUGGACGACAGUGAAAGCGACAUUAGCGGCGACGAUUCGGAAGAUGACGAGGAGGAAGAGGAUGAUGAAGCCGAGGAGGAAGAGGACAUUGCGCUUUCUGAUAUCGAGUCUCUUGCAUCCGAAGACAAGGGCGACAUCAUCCCCCACCAGCGCCUUACUAUCAAUAACACGACCGCCCUGACCGCUGCCGUGAACCGCAUCCAACUACCCUACUCGAAACUCGCCUUCUCGGAACACAUGUCGGUCGUGACUGAUGAGCCUGUGGAGAUUGAAGACGUCGAAGAUGACCUCAAUCGCGAACUCGCAUUCUACAAACAGGCGUUGUCUACUGUGAAAGAUGCGCGGAAGUUGUUGAAGAAGGAGGGUGCGCCGUUCUCACGACCUGCGGACUACUUUGCCGAAAUGGUCAAGAGCGACGAGCACAUGGGCAAGAUCAAGCAGAAGUUGAUUGAUGAUGCGGCAGGCAAGAAAGCAGCUGCUGAAGCCCGCAAACAGAGGGAUCUGAAGAAAUUCGGCAAGCAAGUCCAGGUCGCCAAACUACAAGAGCGUGCCAAGGAAAAGAAGGACACGAUGGAGAAGAUCAACCUUCUCAAACGAAAGCGAUCUGGCGCCGACGUCACAAAGACUAACGAGGAAGACCUUUUCGAUGUUGAACUCGACCACGCUGAUGAACCCGGUGAUCGCCGCAGGAGCGGAGGCACUGGCGAUGGCAAGAACUUCAAGCGCGCAAAGAAGAACGAGAAAUACGGUUUCGGUGGCAAGAAGAGACAUGCUAAAAGCAAUGAUGCGAAGUCAAGCGCAGACGGCAGGGAUUUCUCGCAUAAGAAGAUGAAGGGCAAGACUGGCGCUGCUGCGCGACCCGGAAAGGCCCGUAGGAUGAAGUCGAAAUAG